AUGAGUCUCUUGAACCUUUUUUUAUUACUUGUCUUGCAGGUCUUUCCUUUAUUUCAUGUGCAAGCGCUAUCGAGAGCAAGGGACACAGUUGAUCAAUCAGCGACUAUUGAGAAGCUUGGGUUCUCACAGGACCCUCACACUAUCGGUGCUGCUUCUUCAUUUCAAGUUGAAUUUGAAGUUCCUUAUGAGCGACAACGGAUUACUCUCAACUUGCAACCGUCCCGACAUGUCUUGACACAAAAAACAACUAUCGAGCACCUCAAGCCAAACAAGAAGUAUGGCCAAGUUAUGGACUUGAAGGGCAGAAGCCCACUUCUGUACAAGGGUGUUGCAUUCGUGAAUGAUGACGAGAAGCAAACACAACGAAGGGUUGGAUGGGCGCGGAUAAUGGUACGAUAUCGGGAGGGGCGACAUGUACUCGAAGGUACUUUUACCAAUGACGGUGCUUAUCACCAUAUCUCACUCGACUCCAAUUACCGAAGGACCCGACGACUAGAAACCAGCAAUCAGAGUGAAGCGAGACGAAGGAUGAUAGUCUGGAAGGAAUUGGUCGGCCCCGAGCAUGAUGCUAUUCUCCAACGAUCAGCGUCAGAGAAGCCAAGCUGCGGCGCGCAGAGAUUCGAUUCUCAGCAACUUGAAUCCAGAGAACUUUCUCAAGACGAAGACAAGGCCAAGUCGAGUUCCUUGAAUGGCUUCACUCGUCGACAGAACCCCAAUGAUUGGUUCGACCCCCAAGAUCACAUUGGGUCAACCGACGGAUGUCCGUCAUCACGACGAGUCGCCUUGGUGGGAAUCGCUGCCGACUGCUCUUACACGGCUGAGUUCGACGACAUGCAAGAUGCUCGCGACAACAUCAUCUCGUUAGUCAAUGUUGCAUCUCAGGUGUACGAAGACACCUUCAACAUUGCCUUGGCGAUCCAAAACCUGACUAUGGCCGACCCAUCUUGCCCCGAGGAUGCCCCAAGCUCCAUGCCAUGGAAUCUUCCAUGCACCGCGCGUAUCACCAUCAACAGUCGUCUGAACUUGUUUACGAGGUGGAGGAACAGAAUUCGAGACGACAACGCUGUGUGGUCUUUGUUGACUGCUUGCAGAAGCGGCACGACAGUUGGAAUCGCCUGGAUCGGUAGUCUUUGCAACCGAUCGCGCGGAUCAAGCUUUGGAAGCGGAGGCACCGCAUCUGCAAACGUGGUAGUUCGCACAGGAUCAGAGUGGCAGGUCUUUGCGCACGAGUUGGCACACAACUUUGGUGCCAAUCAUGACUGCACAUCCAGCGAGUGUAGCGACGGUUACUCUCAAUCUGACGACUGUUGUCCGCUCAGCCGAUCAACAUGCGACGCGCGGAACCAGUACCUCAUGAACCCAUCAAGCAGCCCAGGAAUCGAGGAGUUCUCGCCCUGUACUAUUGGAAGUAUAUGCAACGGUAUCGGGGAGGAACAUAUAGACACAAGUUGUCUCGUGAGCGAGGAUGAUGUACCCGACAUCAACGACAGUCAGUGCGGUAAUGGAAUCGUUGAGCCUGGAGAGACAUGUGACUGCGGCGGUGCGAGGCGAUGUCCCUCAGACUCUUGCUGCAAUCCAGACACCUGCCAACUUCGAAGCGGAGCUGACUGUGAUCCUACCACUGAUGGCUGCUGUACUGAUGAGUGUCGCGUUUCCGGUAGUGGGAGGGUAUGCAGAGAAAGCACAGCCGACUGUGAUCCCGAGGAGCGUUGUGAUGGGAGUUCAAGUCAAUGUCCUAUCGACGAACAGACCUGCGAUGACAGUGAUGGCCCUGAUGGUGGUGACGACGGAGGGAGUUGGUUUGAGAAUAACCGCACAGCUGUUAUCGCGACGGCGGCAUCAAUUGGUGGUUUACUUGUUCUUGUAUUACUUUGGUGCAUUUUCCUUUGCGUGAAGAAGAAGAAGAAGGCAACAAGGCAGAGAGAAGCGAAACUUCGCAGUGGAAGUCUUAGCGAUGGGCCGAAUGCGCCUGGUUUUGAUCAGAUGAGAGGAGUUUCUCAGAUGCCGACUACGCCUCGGAUGACACAUAGAUAUGGAUAG